CGCGCUACAUAGAGGGGUUCGGGUUCCUCCGAUCGUUCGUUUUUUGUUUUUUUUGGGUACAACCGGUCGUCCUCUUCGGUGCCUCUUUCCCUUCUCCAUUUCUGUCUUGUUGCCUUGAGGGAGAGAAGAUGUCGGACGAGGAGCAUCACUUCGAGUCGAAGGCCGACGCCGGCGCGUCGAAGACGUUCCCGCAGCAGGCUGGGGCCAUCAGGAAGAACGGGUACAUCGUCAUCAAAGGCAGACCCUGCAAAGUUGUUGAGGUUUCAACCUCUAAAACAGGCAAGCAUGGUCAUGCCAAGUGUCACUUUGUGGCGAUUGAUAUUUUCACUGCUAAGAAACUUGAAGAUAUUGUGCCGUCAUCCCAUAACUGUGAUGUUCCCCAUGUUACUCGCACUGACUACCAACUCAUUGAUAUAUCUGAAGAUGGUUUUGUUAGUCUACUGACUGAGAGUGGAAACACAAAGGAUGAUCUGAGACUCCCCACUGACGAGACUCUGCUUACCCAGAUUAAAGAUGGUUUUGCUGAAGGCAAGGAUCUCGUGGUCACCGUCAUGUCGGCAAUGGGAGAAGAACAGAUCUGCACAUUGAAGGACAUUGGUCCCAAAUAAGUUUGAUUAGAACACGGGUUUUAGCUAUUUGAAACAGCAUCAAUCUUGUUGGUGAUGCUUUCACAAACUAGUAAGAUUGAGAGUUUGUAUGUUUAAAAUGACCAUGGGUUUAUUGAACCAAAAAUCUGAGUCCUGCCAUGGGGAAGUAAGAAGCCUAGGCUCGUCCCUUGACAUAUUGUCUUAUCGCUUCAUCUGUAUUUCUCCCGUCAAUUUGCAUGUCUAUUUCGUUAACUUGGAGAUAUUCUUCAUUACUAUUAAUGAAGACUGCAUAUUCUCCGCA